AUGAAUCGCCUACGCUCCAAGGCUAGCAAGCCGAGGGAAGAUCCUUCCGAAACAGCAACAUUCCAAGUCAUUGUUUUGGGCCCAACGGGUGGACCUCGUGAAGAUAACGUCACGGGAAUUCUUGUCCGGGCGACGUCGACAAAAUGGUCCUCAAACUCGGUGGUAGCCGUUGACGCAGGUACCCUUCUCGCUGGAAUUGUGCGAUUGCUGGAAGACCACAUGCCCAAAUGCCAGACUGAGGGAGACAUAGUGACGAGUGGACCCCUUCAGGGGCUCGAGCUGCCCUAUGAAACACCAGAGGCAAAUGCGGCUCAUGUGUUUCGGGAACUCAUUGGUGCUGUUCUAAUCACGCACCCUCAUUUAGAUCAUGUCUCUGGGCUAGUCAUUAAUACUCCGAUUUUGGAGGCGGGAAAUGAACCAAAACCUGUGGCUGCUUUACCAUCUGUGCUGACUGCUCUCAAAAACCACAUUUUCAACGAUAUCAUCUGGCCUAACUUAUCGGACGAAGACGGCGGUGCGGGUCUUCUCACUUAUCAGCGCUUAGUGGAAGGUGGGAAUCCUCGUUUCGGUCGCGGCGAUAGUAGAGGCUAUGUCAGAGCCUGCAGUGGCCUGUCGACAAAGUGCCUUAAGUUGAGCCAUGGCCGAUGCAAGCAACGAUACCAUGCGGAAAGCGGGACGCAUCAUCGUAUUGGAAGUAUGGUCUUUGCUGAUCAUCAGUUUGUUCCUUCGAGAUCACUUUCAGUCGACCAUCGAGAGGCCGCCUUCUACUCGCCUUCUCAGUCCUCGCGUUCAAUGGCGACAUCCAUUAAAGAUUCGCCAAUGGCAACGGUGGAGAGCUCGGCGUUCUUCCUACGCGAUCAUCGCAGCGGCUCCGAGAUCAUUGUCUUCGGGGACCUCGAGCCCGACUCUGUAUCUGGCGAAACUCACAACAGACGAGUUUGGGAAGCUGCAGCUCCAAAGAUUGCCUCGGGGAGUCUGCAAGCCAUCUUCAUCGAAUGUUCUUACAACGAUAGCACCGAUGAUGCCUAUCUGUACGGCCACAUGUGUCCACGGCACCUAGUUGCCGAGCUCACCGUGCUUGCUAGUAAAGUCAUGGAAGUGCGAGGGUUGUGCCAGGACAAGAGAAAGCGCAAGCGAGUCUCGUCAGCCUCCGGCGGGUUUGCUAGCGCGCAAGUGAGUCCGCGAUCAAGACGCUGGCAAAGUUCUUCUACCGAUCAGGGAAGGAGGUCUGACUCGUCGAUCGAGCCCCGAUCGCAUCCAAAUGAUGGGUUCGAAGUACCCCGGAUUCCCGGUGACGAGUUCGAAGACCUGGAUCCUCCCGACCCUGAAACCUGGGCUAGUGCUUCGCCUCUUCCUCUGACAGGAUUGCAAGUACACAUUAUUCAUAUCAAGGAGGCUCUUACCGAUGGGCCUCAUCCGAGAGAACAGAUCCUUCGAGAACUCCAGGCUCAUAGUGAAGCGGCGCAUCUGGGUUGUGAAUUCUUUGCCCCGACUCCUGGUAAGGAUGUCUAUAUUUGA